GCAGCAUGAGGAGAGGAGGAGGAGGAGGAGGAGGAGGAGAACAAUAAUAGGGGGAGGGAGACACUAAUUUCCGUUGCAUCUGGCCCUCAGCCCUCUGGCCAGCCCUAAGUCCCGCUGCAGCUCAUCUCGGGAAGGCACAUACAUGAGCGAGAAAGCAGAAGCUGUGCGGAGUUUCGAGAAAAGUUGCGUGUGCGUCAGUGUCCCAGCAUGGCCGGGGGCUCGGUGUUCGAGUGUAAGGAGUACUUGUUCAAAGUGCUGGUCAUCGGGGAAUUAGGCGUCGGGAAAACCAGCAUCAUCAAACGCUACGUGCACCAGCUGUUCUCGCAGCACUACCGGGCGACGAUCGGGGUCGACUUCGCCCUGAAAGUGAUCAACUGGGACAGCAAAACGCUGGUCAGGUUACAGCUGUGGGACAUCGCAGGAAACGAUUUGGGAACAUGAACGCGAGUGUACUACAAGGAAGCCGUGGGGGCCUUUGUGGUGUUCGAUGUGACACGGGGCUCCACGCUUGAGGCGGUGUCUAAAUGGAAGCAUGACCUGGACAGCAAGGUGAAGCUGGCUAAUGGCAACCCCAUCCCCUCGGUGCUGCUCGCCAAAUGCGACCAGAAGAAAGAGAACUCCAACAAUACGGCCCUCAUGGACAAUUUCUGCAAAGAGACUGGCUUUCUGGGCUGGUUUGAAACUUCAGCUAAGGACAACAUCAACGUGGACGAGGCAGCGCGUUUUCUAGUAGAGAGUAUCUUGGCUAACGACAAAGGGUUGCCGUAUGAGGAGAGCAAUGGCGACCGGAUCAAACUGGACCAGGAGACUGUGGCUGCUGAAAGCAAGUCAGGCUGCUGUUAACACACAAUCCAUUUAAAUUAGCCACCCGCCUCCCUUUGGCGGGGUCCCCGAGCACCCAGCCUGUGGCUCUCAGCCUUCUACUGCAGUGUCUCAGGAAUGUUAAUUCUCGGGUCUUCAAAGCUCCAGAAUCUUCUCCUCUCUGCACUGAUGGCCGUUCGAACCCGCACAUCCAAGUGUUUCAUUGUAGUUCUCUAAGCCCAAUUUUAUCUUGAAGUUGUCGCAAACGAUAUCGCUGCCUCCAUAAAGCUGUUUCCUUCCUUCCUCUAAACCAUAGCAUCUUCAUUAAUGUGUUUUUCUCGGUGCAUAUUUCCCUGAUUGUGUAUUCCACCAUCAACUAUAAUCCAGUUGAACCCUGCUGCUCCUCCUGUUAACCUGACGGCCUCUGCAGCCCUGGACUAGACCACGCCCGAGGAGGGGUGAAAACUAAACAGAAAUUGACGAAGCACAAGCUAGAAAACAACAUAGCCUCUUAUUUUCUGUCUGUUUGGUCUAUCCUCAUUCAGCAUUUAUCUGUGAAACGAGACACUUUAUUGUACAGUGUUGAAAUAUUUCUUCUAAUCACAUGGAUGGACAUUAUUGAAAAUCAUUCUUUUACAUGUUUGUGUUUUCAGCUGAUCUUUAGACUACUGUAUAAAACAUAAGCAAACAGGCUUUGCAGUCAAGCAUUAUGAAAGUGUUGUCGUAUCAUAUGGUUGUCAUGAAUUGUUGUCUUUGCCAUAUUUUCUCUGAUGUUAUGUGCAAUAAUACAGUUUAUGUUAAGAGGGGAACACUUUUUGUUAUUCACUCAAACAUUCUAGUAAUGAUACCAUAUGAGACACCCGUAUGAAAAUGUAGAUCUGCUUCACGGUUUUUGUUGGGUUUUUUUAUGUGUUGGAUCAUGCAUUAUGAAAUUGGUGAGAUAUAAAAACUGAAUCAGACAGAGGACUACACUCUUGUACAUUAGUGUUCAAAUUAAAUAUGAAGGAUUUUUUUUAAACAUAAGAGUUGAGAUUAAGUUUACAUGUGAAAAUACAUUGAAUAUACAAGACCAAAAUAGAAUAAAAACAUUUUAACUUUAA